AUGGCGGCGCGGUGCUCCACACGCUGGUUGCUGGUGGCUGUGGGAACCCCUCGGCCGCCGGCUGCAGCGGGGACAGGGGCCCGGCCGCCCAGGGGGGGCGUAGUGGGGGCGUCGCUGGGCCGCAAGCUGAGCGUUACUGCUUUCGCGCCUUCCCUGGGAACUCGCGGCCAAGGGGCGCUACUGACAUUGAGACCCGGUGUCAGCCUCACAGGAGUAAAAAGUUACCCUUUUGUUUGUACUGCCUCUUUCCACACAAGUACCCCUCUGGCCAAAGAGGAUUAUUACCAGAUAUUAGGAGUGCCCCGAAAUGCCAGCCAGAAAGAGAUCAAGAAAGCCUAUUACCAGCUUGCCAAGAAAUAUCACCCAGACACAAAUAAGGAUGAUCCCAAAGCCAAGGAGAAGUUUUCCCAGCUGGCAGAAGCCUAUGAGGUGCUGAGUGAUGAAGUGAAGAGGAAGCAAUAUGAUGCCUACGGCUCCACUGGCUUUGAUCCUGGGGCUGGUGGCUCUGGGCAGAGCUACUGGAAAGGAGGCCCCACUGUUGACCCAGAGGAGCUCUUCAGGAAGAUCUUUGGGGAAUUCUCAUCAUCUUCCUUUGGAGAUUUCCAGAGUGUAUUCAGUCAGCCUCAGGAGUUUAUCAUGGAUUUGACAUUCAAUCAAGCCGCCAAGGGUGUCAACAAGGAGUUCACUGUGAACAUCACCGAUACCUGUGAGCGGUGCAAUGGCAAGGGCAAUGAGCCUGGCACCAAGGUGCAGCAUUGCCACUACUGCGGUGGCUCCGGCAUGGAAACCAUAAAUACAGGCCCUUUUGUGAUGCGCUCCACGUGUCGGAGAUGUGGUGGCCGAGGCACCAUCAUCACAACUCCCUGUGUUAUAUGCAGAGGAGCAGGAGAGGCCAAGCAGAAGAAGAAAGUGGUUAUCCCUGUGCCUGCAGGAGUUGAGGAUGGCCAGACUGUGAGGAUGCCUGUAGGAAAAAGAGAAAUUUUCAUCACGUUCAGGGUGGAGAAAAGCCCCGUGUUCCGGAGGGACGGCGCAGACAUCCACUCUGACCUCUUUAUUUCCAUAGCUCAGGCUCUUCUUGGGGGUACAGCCAGAGCACAGGGCCUGUACGAGACAAUCAGCGUGACGAUCCCCCCUGGGAUCCAGACAGACCAGAAGAUUCGGAUGAGUGGGAAAGGCAUCCCUCGGAUUAACAGUUAUGGCUACGGAGAUCACUACAUUCACAUCAAGAUAAGAGUUCCAAAGAGACUGACAAGCCGGCAACACAACCUGAUCCUGAGCUAUGCUGAGGAUGAGACUGAUGUGGAGGGGACAGUGAAUGGCAUCACCAACACAAGCACCGGUGGCAGCACCAUGGAUAGCUCCGCAGGAGGCAAGGCUAGGCCUGAGGCUGGGGAGGACAAGGAGGGAUUCCUUUCCAAACUUAAGAAAAUGUUUACCUCCUGAUACCUAGCCGAGGAAAACGGUCCACUGGAAACUAGGCUGAGAGCAGCAGCUCCUCCUCAUGGCCUGGGCACCUUGGAGGCAGGAGGGUUCCAGAACUGCAGCACCGAGCCCUGCCUGCAGAGGCCCUCUGGACCGCCUUGGCAACAGCAAAAUCAUGUGACAACACGCCUCUCCACAGAAUGGUCAUGGUGGACAGCCCCUGGGCAGUAAGGCAUGGCAUGCCUAAGGGCUGGUAGAAGUUCUUGUUCCAUGGGUGUAACUCAGCCUCUUCUGGCUCAGACAGAGUAAGACAUCUGGAUACUUCUUGCAGAGCCAAAACUCUAAUUUGGAAUCAAAUGUGGUGGAAAUCUUAGUAAAGAAUUAAAGGCUAUGCUUACAGCUUAAAAAUGAAGCCUGAAGCUGCACCAAGUUGUGAAGUGAUUAAUUUCCCUCUCAUCAAACCUCCGGGAGGUUCUGGAAUGAGUCUUUCCUGACAGGUUGUCUUUUCCAGGAACUAGGGCCCUGCAAGCCCUCUCAGUGUCGUCUGUCCCUCAGUAGACAUAUCCCUUGCUCUUCUUGGAAUUUGUUUUAAUUCCCAAGGGUACCAAGCAGCUGGAACGUGAGGGCCUUGGAUCCUGGGGACUCACACACAGAGGGUCCCUGGAGAUACUGUUCCUGACGUGGGCUAUGAUCUUUGUCAGGAUGGAUAGUCCUCCCUCCCACCCCACCGGGGUGGCCUCUUGUCCAUGACUGUUGAGUUCUGUUGUUUGAAGCCAGCUGUGAGUGGAGCCUGCCCUUCUGCUGGACCACAGCCAUCCUUGGCCACAGCCUAGCUAAUGGCCUCCUUAUCCCAGAGCCUUACCCCACUGCCCGCUACAGCUUGGUUCUCACCACUUACACUGUUGACACCUGUUUGCAGAAGUGUGUUUAAAUUAUUUAAUGCUAAGAAUCAUUGUCUUUUCCUGUAUAAAUGUUUGUUCAGAAAAGGAAAGCAUAGUCUAAGCAGGUGAAGGCUCUCCACCAUCCAGCCAGAGCAAAACAGUUUUCUCAACCUCAGCUUCUAGGAUGUAUAGAUUCCGUUUCCAGACCCUCCCGUUGUGGUAAGACAGGCUAAUGGAGAACACUUCUGAAUAGUUUCCCUUCAUAAUUUACUAAAAUAAAGCAUCUUUUAGUGUCUGAUCUACGAAUGUAAAAUGACUCUGUAUCAAUGUAAAAGAUUAUCUACUGCAAAAAGAUAUUUAAAACCUACAUUGUGGUUACUUCUUUUUUGAAAGAGUUCAAACAGCUUUCUACAGGGGGCUUAGCAGGGGCUUAUAUGGUGUUCUCUGCAGAACAGGCUGCGCCACGCUCCUGCUGGCCUUCCUCAACCACAGUCCUGCCUGCCUAUGAGCACGCUCACAGUGAUGGGUGGGUGUGCUUUGACAGUACUAAUCCUCUCAAGCCCAGGUCCCAGAGCAGGGAGCUUGCCAUGGAACAACUGAUUUGAAUGAAUGUUCUAGAAUUUGGUGGGUAGCUUCUUUUGGGGGAGCCUGUGCCAUGAGAGAUGUGCAGUAUAGCCUCCUCUAUCACUGUCUCCCUUGCUAGAUUUAGUUCUCCUCCCCAUUAUGUUUAGAGGAAUAUUAACUUCGUGUGUGUGUGUGUGAAAAAUUUUGCUCAUUGUAGUUUGACUAGUCUGGGCUCCCAGCAGAGACUGUCUCACAAAAGCCCCAGUGCUGGCACAGAUGGAGUGGGUCCCGAGCACAUCUCUCCCACCAGCCCCUGGGCUCUGAGCUGAGCAGUUGGAGCACACUGGCUGGGCUGUGUGAAGAGGAUGGGAAAGACCUGAUGGGCAAGAAAGGAGCUUAGCGGUGACCUCCUGCCAGUGUUAGAUACUUCUCACUCAUUCAAGCAGAUUGUAUUGAGUGUCUGCUGUGGACUCUCAGCAUGAGUCCCUUCAUGAUCCUAGACCCAGGUACAGCAGCAGGAAGCUAGGCGGAGCAUCUCCUGACAGCUUAGUUUAUCUCCUAUAGAAGUCAGUGGGGUCCCACUCAUGUCCUGUCUUUUGGAAGCAGAAGUUUAGAGAAAGACUGAAAGAGAAAAGUGGGUUUUCUUGCUAGCAAUACCAUUAUUGCUUAGUGAGGGUCCUUCCCGCAGAUGUAGGAAGGUGCCAGUGCAAAUCUAGCAUCAAGUCCCACUCAAGGCUUGGAUUGGGCUUCUUCCCACAGUUGGCUCCUGAGGCAUUUGUCACCAGACAACUUUGCAGCCUGAGUUGGGGCUGGAGCAUGAGAUGAGGCAUUAAAAAAAAAUUAUCUCUAGGCCCCAAGCCUUUGGAGAUUGAGAGGAAGGGCAAAGGUAGAUGGGUGUUGAGCAUUUGCUGAAAUGUUAGGAUGGAUGAGGGAAGGCACACUCACAUGGGGAUGAGGCCAACUUGGCCACUGAACCUUGUCUUCAUCCCCACUUGAAGGCCUCUGUUCUGAUUUGUUUUCCCACCUGAGCCAUCCUCCUCCUCCUCAGGCCUUUGCGCUCUGGUGGACUUGAGUGCAACGUUACUUCCUUGUCAUGAAAACCCCCCUCAGUGUAUAAGAAUCUCUCCAAUCCCACAAGCCUACUUCCCAGGACUGUCCCUGCCCUUUACUUUGUUCUGUAAUAUUGGAGCCCGUCACUGAAUACUUGUUAUAUCAGCUGUCAUGGCUUUUGUGGGAGGCAUGUAGCACUCUUGUUAAUAAACACUGUGAAACCUGAA